AUUUUAAAUAACGGAAGAUAUGAGUUCUCUUUUAAGACAUAAUGAUGCACCAGGUAUCUUAAAUAAUAAUUAUAUAGCUGCUAAUGUUGCUGUAGCAAGUAUUCCAACUCCAUAACCUUAAGAUUAUGAUUGGGUCUUGGUUUCUGGAUUUAUCGUAAUAUUGACUCAGGUUGGAUUUGCAUUUAUUGGAGCAGGAUCAGUCAGAUAUAAGAAUUCAUAAUCAGUAGUAAUCAAAGUUUUCUUGGGAUUAUUUUUAACUGUAUUGAUUUGGUGGUUGGUAAUUGAUAAGUAAAUAACAUUAGUUUGGAUAUGGAUUUUCUUUUGGAGAUGAUUUCUAAACUAAAUUCAUGGGUGGAACAAAAUUAGCAGGAGCAAAAUGGGAAGCAACAGCCUAUGGAAAUGAUUAUACAAACUUUGGUAUUAUUAAUAAUUAAUUUGAAAUUAGUUUUCAGAGCAUCAGGUGCAGCAGUAGGAACAGCUAUAUUGGCAGGAGCAGCAGCAGAAAGAAUGACAUUUUUGGGAUGGUCAAUCUUCACUAUUUUAUAUUCUGGAUUUAUUUAUGCAGGAUUAACACAUUGGACAUUGGCAGCAGGAUGGUAUUUUAAAUUAAAAAAUAUUUUAGGUUGAGUGCUCUUGGAUUUAAAGAUUUCUCAGGUGCAGGAGUUGUAUUCUAUGCAGCUGGUGUAGCAGGAUUAAUUUUGACAAUUUUAUUGAAACCCAGAAAAGCCAGAUUUGAUAAUGGAGCCACACUUGAUUUCAAUAGACAUUCUCCAUUAUAUAUUGGAUUUGGAUCAUUAUUAGUCUUGGCUGGAUGGCUUUUCUAUAAUGGAGGAGUUGUUAGUUAAGGAGCUAAAUCUCAAUACAUUUAAGGUUUAGUAGCAGUUAAUACAUUGAUUGCUGGAGCAACUGGUGGAUUCUUUAGUUUUGUUAUUAGACAUUUCUAAUAUGGUACUUCAAAUUUAGCAGCUUUAUCCAGAGGAGUGAUUUGUGGAUUAGUUGCAGUUAGUGCUGCUGCAGAUGAUAUGAAACCAUGGACAGCUUUUCUUUAUGGUGCUAUUGCUGCAUUAAUCUACAGUUUCUUAGCUAAAGUUAUGCCUGCUGCUCAUAUUGAUGACCCUGCUGAAGUUGUAUCAGUUUAUCUUGUAAUUAUUAAUAUUAAUUAUAAUAGGGUUCAGGAUUUGUUGGAAUUUUGUUAUCAGCAUUAUUUGACACUAAAGCUGGAGCAUUUUAUGGAUUUGGAACAAAAUUAUUAGGUCAUUAAUUAUUGGGAUUAUUGAUUAUUUUCGCUUGGGUGACCUUCUUUACCUUAAUUAUACUUCUUGCCUUUAAAGGAUUCGGUAUUUUGAGAAUCGAUGCUGAAACUGAAAAUGUUGGUAUUGAUAAAGCUUUAUGUAUAAUUAAUAAUAGAUUUUAGGUUUGGGUGAAGCUAUUGUAUUCGCUAAUCAAGUUGAUGAAAUGCCUCUUGUUUAAUAAACUGAAUUAGGAAAUCUUAGAUCAAGUUAAUUAGGAUCAGGAUUAAGAUCUGGAUUCAAAUGAAUCAAUUAGAUAAAUUAUAAAUUAUAAAUUAGAACAUUUAUGUAUAAA